AUGUUGUGGCAAUUCGUAAUCUCUUUGAUUUAUUUCAUAGACAAAACUCCAUUUUCACAGCAGCCCGUUGGGCAAAGCCCCAGCAUACCGUUAGAGAUAAGAUAUCAUGGACCACAAUCAUCACAAGAUGAGGACUUCAAUGUCAGGGAUUGUCCUGCCAACUCCCACUACACAACAUGUGGCACAGCAUGUCCACUGACAUGUGAGAACUACCUAAACCCACCCAAGAUAUGUAUUCUUGUAUGCAAGAUCGGAUGCAAAUGCGAUGAAGGUUACGUUUUGAAGGAUGGUAGCUGUGUAUUGCCAGAACACUGCCCAGCUCAAGCCGUUGAAAAAUCAUGCAGUGGUGAAGCUGAACCUGGUGUGUGCAAAGGUCACUUCCCAUCUUGGUAUUUCGAUACCAAAUCUGGCAUCUGCAAACGAUUCAUUUAUGGAGGAUGCGGAGGUAACGGUAACAGAUACGCCACUGAGCAGGAAUGCUUACAAACUUGCACUGCCAUUGAAAAGUCAUGCAGUGGGGAACCUGAAACUGACGUGUGUGAUGCUUACUUUCCUUCUUGGUAUUACGAAAGCAAAUCUGGCAGUUGCAAACGAUUCGUUUAUGGAGGAUGCGGAGGUAAUGGUAACCGAUACGACACUGAAGAGGAAUGCUUACAAACUUGUUCUGCCUCAACCAAUUUGGGUGUAUGCUUCUUGACCGCUGAAAGAGGUCCGUGCUAUGGUUUAUUCCAUCGAUAUGCUUUCGACAGGAGAACUGGUCAAUGCAAAGAAUUCAUCUACGGUGGAUGCGGUGGCAACGGAAACAACUUCAUUACUCUUGAAGAGUGCGAAAAUACUUGUCUAGUUCAAAGAGCCUUAGAUCGCCCAGAUUGUGACAAGAAGGCUGACCCCGGUUUCUGUUCUGCUUACAUCCCCCGUUAUUAUUACGACCAAGAAGAGGGUAUGUGCAAGAAGUUCAUCUACGGUGGUUGUGGAGGAAACCGAAACAACUUCGCCACUGAAGAUGAAUGCAACAACAAAUGUGGACCUUUGGUAGCCCCCAAGGUUGAGUUGUGCGAGCAAGAGAAAAAGACUGGACCUUGCCGAGGAUACUUCCCUAGAUACUACUACAACAAGCAGACCGGAGAAUGUGAAAAGUUCAUUUAUGGAGGUUGUAGAGGAAAUGACAACAACUUCUCCUCACAGGACAACUGCGAACAAGUUUGCAAAGGUGUGUACUUGAACUUGUUUUAAUUAAACUAAGCUAUUGUCUAAACAUUAAGGUGAAUU